UUCUUAGCGGGGUUCAUAUCAAAUUUUUCGCUCUAUAAAUACCUGUAUAUACUCCUCCCCUUUCAUCCAAUGCAAGCAAGCAAGUAAACAAAGUUACAAAACAUACCUGAAACUACCUUUGUGAAUUGCACUUUCUAGAGUCUUUCUUCAGCACUUGUUUCAAACCAACUAUUCUUCUCAGUGAUUUUAUUUCUCUUUCGAAAGCUCCCAUAUUUGCCAACUGAAUCACAGACUUGUAUACUCAAUUCUAGCGUGGUAUACAGCUUCUUGUUAUAGAAGGCGGAGAAUCAUACACUUUCAGUACAUUAUCCAAACUCUUCUACAACUUUCCUUUAUAAAACUAUAAUAUUUUCAAUUUAUAAGCUUUGAUGUCUGUGAUUGCACUUCUAAUACACUGAUCCUUUUGCCCCUACAAUAUCAUCCAUUCUCAACUUUGGUUUUUUUUUCCUCGUCACCUUCAUUCUUGUUCAACUUUCUUGUAAAAAACUCUGUUUUCCUCUGGUUUGAUCUUUCAGUACAUAUCAAAAACUCUUUGAUAACCUUUUUUUUUAAUAAAAAAAAGAAAAAGACAGUGACCCUUUCCCCCCUACAACAUCAUCCAUUCCAAACAUGAGUUCUUCUUAACAUCCUUCAUUAAGGCCUUAAAUUUCAGCUUUGCCAUUUUUCUUCCAUCAACUCUGCUUAACAUCAUAACUCCUCUGUUUUCCUCUUGUUUACUCUGUUAUGGCACCUAAAAACGAUCCCAUCAAUACAGUCCUCAAUUUGUUCAGAUCAAAGAAGCUAGAAAAUUACUUCGAUUUAUCUAAUGGCAAGUUGAGCAUCCAAGGCGUCCCGUUGCUCUCAGAAGUCCCAAACAACGUGAGUUUCAGCACUUUUGACUCCAUCUGCCAAUCCUCCGACGCCCCGCUUCGCCUGCUUCAGCGCGUCCGGUCUCUGUCCCACAAAGGCGGCUUCCUCGGAUUCUCCACCGAUGAAUCAUCCGACAGGUUGGUGAACUCCCUUGGAAAAUUCACCAACAGAGAUUUCCUCAGCAUCUUCAGGUUCAAAACAUGGUGGUCCACCAUGUGGGUUGGGAACUCUGGCUCUGACCUGCAAAUGGAAACUCAAUGGCUGCUCUUUGAUGUCCCAGAGAUCAAUUCUUAUGUCAUAAUCAUACCAAUCAUUGAAGCCUGUUUCAGGUCCGCCCUUCAUCCGGGCGAUGAGGGGCGCGUCAUGAUCUGCGCCGAGAGUGGGUCUUCACAGGUGAAGGCGUCGAGUUUCGAGGCCAUAGCUUAUGUUCAUGCUUCUGAUAAUCCUUACAACUUGAUGAGAGAGGCCUAUAGUGCUUUGAGGGUUCACCUCAACACUUUCAGGCUUUUGGAAGAGAAGCAAGUCCCAAACUUGGUUGACAAGUUCGGUUGGUGCACUUGGGAUGCUUUCUACUUGACUGUGGAGCCAUCUGGUGUCUUCCAUGGCCUUAAAGAGUUUUCCGAAGAAGGCGGACUUUCGCCGCGGUUUCUCAUCAUAGACGACGGCUGGCAAAGCAUCAACAAUGAUGGCCAAGACCCCAAUGAGGACACAAAGAAUUUAGUCCUUGGAGGGACUCAAAUGAUUGCAAGGCUUUAUAGGUUUAAGGAGUGUAAGAAGUUUGAGAGCUACAAAGGAGGGUCUUUGUUGGAGAAUAAUAAUAACUCUCCAACAUUUGACCCCAAAAAGCCUAAAAUGCUCAUCUCAAAGGCUAUUGAGAUAGAACAUGCUGAGAAGGAGCUCGACAAGGCGAUCCAAUCAGGAGUUUCGGAUGAUUCCGAGCUCGAGGCCAAAAUUCAGAAGCUAAAACAAGAGUUGGAUGAGAUAUUUGGCGGGGAAGAAAAUGGUGGUGAGGCUUUAGGUGAAGGCUGCUCUGAAGACUUUGGAAUGAAGGCUUUCACUAGGGAUUUGAGGACCAAGUUUAAGGGGUUGGAUGAUAUUUAUGUGUGGCAUGCUCUUUGUGGGGCUUGGGGUGGUGUGAGACCAGGCUCAACUCAUCUGUAUUCAAAGAUAACUCCUUGCAAACUCUCGCCGGGUCUUGACGGGACAAUGAAUGACCUUGCUGUGGUGAAGAUUGUUGAAGGUGGGAUUGGACUCGUUCACCCUGAUCAGGCUGAUGACUUUUAUGACUCUAUGCACUCUUACCUCUCCCAAGUUGGCAUAACUGGAGUCAAAGUUGAUGUCAUUCAUACUCUGGAAUAUGUGUCUGAAGAAUAUGGAGGAAGAGUCGAGCUUGCAAAGGCUUAUUACAAGGGGCUUACCAAUUCUCUUCUGAAGAACUUCAAUGGGAGUGGACUUAUUUCUAGCAUGCAACAGUGCAAUGACUUCUUCUUCCUUGGGACAAAGCAAAUUUCUAUGGGAAGAGUUGGAGAUGAUUUUUGGUUCCAGGAUCCAAAUGGAGACCCCAUGGGGGUUUAUUGGUUACAAGGGGUUCACAUGAUUCACUGUGCCUACAACAGCAUGUGGAUAGGUCAGAUGAUACAGCCAGAUUGGGACAUGUUCCAAUCAGACCAUUUAUGUGCCAAGUUUCAUGCAGGAUCAAGGGCUAUCUGUGGUGGUCCUGUUUAUGUGAGUGACUCAGUUGGGGGUCAUGAUUUUGAUCUCCUAAAGAAGCUGGUUUACCCUGAUGGAACCAUUCCCAAGUGCCACCACUUUGCCCUCCCAACUAGAGACUGCCUCUUCAAGAACCCUUUGUUUGACAAGCAGACUGUUCUUAAGAUUUGGAACUUCAACAAGUAUGGAGGCGUGAUUGGUGCUUUCAACUGCCAAGGAGCUGGUUGGAACCCAAAGGAACAAAGGAUCGAAGGCCAUCCUGAGUGCUACAAGCCAAUGUGUGGCUCAGUCCACGUCUCUGAGAUUGAGUGGGACCAAAAAGAAGAGGCAAGUGAGUUUGGUAAGGCUGAAGAAUAUGUGGUCUACCUCAACCAGGCAGAAGAGCUACAUCUAAUGACCCCAAAAUCUCAUGCAAUUCAGUUCAGCAUUAAACCAUCUGCCUUUGAGAUUUUCAGCUUUGUGCCAAUUAGGAAGCUCGGGAAAAGCAUAAAGUUUGCCCCAAUUGGUCUCACCAACAUGUUCAAUUGUGGUGGCACCAUCCAAGAGCUGGACUACAAGGCCUCUGGAUCAGAAUUUGGUGCAGAUGUCAAGGUCAAAGGUGGUGGGAGCUUCUUGGCUUACUCAAGUGGGGCCCCCAAAAGGUGUCUGUUGAAUGGUGCUGAGGUGGACUUUGAGUGGGCCACUAGUGCAAAGCUGACCUUGAAUCUUCCUUGGGUUGAAGAGGCCAAUGGUGUUUCUAAUGUCGUUUUUCUCUUUUGAUUGGCUUCAUUUGUGAUUGUCUAGAGUCACGGUGAAGAAUCUGAGUAUACCAUGGCAAUAAGGAAUUUAGGGCGUUUGGUAUGAGAAUUCAUGUCAUGGUUCGAAUCAUAGUUCGUAACUUGUUAUAGUGUUUUUUCUCAUAAAAAACACACAUAAAUCGAAAAUGAUUCUAAAUUAUGGUUCUGAAUCCGUGAAUCUGUCCACUUAUUUACCUGUUUCUAUUAGCUUGUGGGAGGUUUAGAAAUCUCCACAAUAUUUGGACUUAUUGUAGUCUAGGGAAGAAUGUAUCUCCAUUCAUCCCAUUAUAAUUAACCUAAAGUACAUAAUUGUAAUAUAUAAUUAAAGAGUUAACUC